GCGCCGCUUGUCAUGACGCGGGUUUUGAGCUCUUAACCCAAUCGCAGCGACGAAUUGAACACGCAUAUCACCUAACGAGGAAGAAUCAAUGUCUCUCGAAGGGGCUUCCAAAAGAAAAAUAGAAUCUAUCCUCUUUUAAGAGAGUACUUGGGACGAAUCUAACAGCUGCAUGUCAAGUGCCGGUGUGGUUGUCACUUUGGUUCUGGCUCAUAUAAGCCCUCUCCACGCGGGAGUUUAUUCUUUUUGCCUUCGUUCGGCCGCCGAGCCGUCCGUUCCCAACGACCAGCAGCAAACACCGCCCAGCCUAGUAAUUGCCGAUUGUUCAGAGCCUUAAAAUGGAUCCAAGAGAUACGUCGCUUGACGGCGAUGAUGGCAGUAUCAGGCGUGCGUGUGAUCAAUGCCGCGUUCGAAAGAUCCGAUGCGACAAGAAUACACCGUGCUCUAACUGCACGACUGCCCGACGCACAUGCUCGUCAACUGGCAUUGGGCAGAGACCCAAAGAACCCCGUCAAAGGGUCCUCAUAUCGACUCAAUAUGAACGCAAGAUCGACCAGAUCGAGGAUCGACUCGGUCGUAUAGAGAACCUCCUUCGUCAACUGCCCGGCCUCAUCAAGCAGGCCUCUGCAAACACCGGCCCCACGCCUACCACGUCAUCAUCCUCUGCCUCGUUUUUUGACAAACCCCUCCCCAAACCCCAGCAACCACAAAACGUCACGACCUCAGGGGCGGGCCUGUCGUCUUCCUCAUCGCCCAGUGCCGAGCGCCGCGCCUCUGUGGCCGUCAAGUCCGACUCCGAUGCCGACGAGGGUGAGGGAGAUGCCGACCCUCCUUUUGAGGGCGACUCGUCCAUGACGGCGCACACAGUCUUCGCGUCCGAAUUCCUCCACCUCGCCGUCGGCCGCACCUCGCUUGAGCCCGGCAACGCCCACGUCAUGGACAACCCAAGCCUCCACAACGCUCUUUCCAGCCUCCAGCAGAUCGUGCAAAUGCAGAAGCGCGGGAGCACCACCGCCGACAUCCGCUUCCUGAAUCAAAAGUUACUGCCGCCAGGUGGGCUCCGAGAGCUCCCCUUGCCCCCUCUCAAUGUCGUGGUUGACAUAUUGAGAGAGCUCAAAGGCAAUAAUGCCCAGCAAUACAUCCCGGUGACAUUCACCCUAAUGUGCUCCUUUCUCGGCGUCGACGAGUUCACCGAGCACUGCCGACGCGUCUACUUUGCGACCGAGGACUACUCGCAGGCUGACUACAUCAUCACCGUCGCGGGCCUCUUUUACGUCUUUGAGGAGCGUGCCUUUUCCGCAAACGACUACGGCGGCGGCGGCGCCCACUCCAGCGAGGAGUAUCAGCGCUACUACUCCAUGUGCCGCGUUAACCUCGAGGCGGCGCUGAGUCAGUUCAACCUGCUGCAGCCGGCCAAGCGCGAAAACGUCGAGGCGCUCCUGCUGGGCACGACCUACGCCAUCGAGCUGGCCAAGCCCAGCCUGGCGUGGCAGCUCAGCAGCACCGCCUGCCAGCUGUGCUUGACAAUGGGGUACCAUCGGGCCGGGGCCGAGACGUCGGGGCAGCGGUCGACCAGCAUGGACCACAGCGGCAUGAGCGCGAGCAGCACCGACGGGCGUGGGAUGUCGGUGAGCUCUUCGAUCGGCGACGAACACGGCGCCUCCAGCAGCAAGCGGCAGGUGCUGUUCCUCUUCGCCUACACGCUCCACAAGGGGUUGGCGCUGCGGCUGGGUCGAGCGUCGGUCAUCAGGGACGAGGAGGUCACGGUGCCGCGGCAGCUGGGUCGGCUAAGCGAGUACGACGAAUACCGCGACACCAUCAACAUGUGGACGCGCCACGCGCACGUGCAGGGCCGCAUCUACAGCGACCUCUACAGCCCCGCGGCGCUGCGGCUGCCGGUCGAGAGCCGGGUGCAGACGGCGCGAGAGCUGGCGGCCGAGCUGAGGGCCAUGAUGGCGAUGCUGCCGAGCAUGGACAUUUAUCAGCUGCCCAAGGCGUCGCGGGACAAAAAGUACGACGCUGGCGUUCUCGACAUGCUCAUGAAGUCGGAUCGCGUCUCGAUGCUUAGUUCGCUGACCUUGUGCUACCGCGCGAUCCCGCCCGACGGCUACGGCAUGGGUGGCGACGGCAUCUCGCGGACUUUCAACCAGGAAUGUGUCGCGGUGGCGAGAGAGGCUAUGCAGGCGCAUCAAGGUUGCAUGCAACUUAUGCACGAGAGUCGGGACCUGGCGACAGCCUAUAUCCAUUGGACGAUUCUAUACUCCCCUUUUAUCCCUUUCAUUGUCAUCUUUUGCCACAUCAUCGAAACCUCGAACCUGGAGGACCUCGCACGGCUUACCGAGUUCGUCAAGUCCCUCGAGGUCUGCCGCGACAUCAGCGAGCCGGUCGGCAAGCUCCACCGUCUCUGCAACGCGCUCGUCAACGUGGCGACCAUGUACCUAGAGACCAAAAAGCAGCAGAUGGCGGCGACUCAGGCCGACAAUGGCGCGACAGCGUACCCCGUCAACAUGGAGUUCGACAUGUAUUUCCGGGACCUCGGCUUCAUGCCGCCGCAGGCUUCUUCGCAUCCGCAGCAGCAACCUGGACCGAGCGUCUUGCAGCAGCAGCCGGGACUGGGUUACGAGUUUGGGACCGCGCAACUGGGGGAUUGGUUCUCGGGUAAUUUGUCCAUGAUGGGGAUGCUAGAGAGGGAUCUGAGCCAAUUCAGCCCCGAGAGCUGGGCUCAGAGUACCGCAGCUCCUGUUCCAGGCUCUGGGCAGGUUCCAGGGCAGCAUCCGAUGUGAUUUGAGGUUCAGAAUGUAAUGUUGAUACCGCUGUUGGUGUUUGUCUGUAGCUUUUCAUAUAUGGGCCGGGUCCCUGCGCGAAGGUUUAAUAGAGCCGCCCCAGAGUCGCGCCUGCUAGCUUUUCAUGCCAAUCUGUGCAACUUGGAUGUCCAAAAUGAAGUAGGCCAGUGAGGAGAUGGGUAUUCAGUCGGUCGGGUGUCGUGGGUCGUAAACUUCGUAGCCCUCGUCUUCCGUAUCGCUUUCGCCAUCUUGAGUCUGUCUGUCUACCCUCUCGUGACCAGGUACGGUCGCCACAGCGCCAUCUUCCGCCUUCUUCCAACCACUGGCGCCGCCGCCGCCCUGCUGCUCCGGGGCAGUUUGCUGUUGCGACACAGCCUCGACCGGCGCAAAGGCAGACUUGAAGCCAGACUUUUUGAACCCACCCUUCUUGAACCCGGCGGCGCCGGCGCUACCAUCCUCUCCGCCAAUCUUGAUACUGAUGACACCAUCCGCUUUGGCCUCUGCCUUUCGAGCACGCGCUGCGGCUGUCGGGUCGCGCACCAUGGCCUUCAUGUCCUUGAGGCGCUGCUUGUGCGAGUGGUCGUAGGACGACAGGUGGGCUUCGUAAUCGUUCAUGCGACUGUAUCCUUUGCUACAUAGUUGGCAGUAGAAGGACUGCAGAGCCUCGCGGGCCGAGGAUGUUUGUGCAGGCGGAAGCGUUUGGUGUCGAGGAGGCAUCUUGAAGGUGAUUUUUGGCCUGUUGUAUCGUUGUAUGGCUUUGAAGAAUCAGGGAAGGGUAGGAUUCGGAAAUUCAAUGUUGUGUCGACGAAUUGUCGCAAAGUUGCAAAAGGGGACCAAAUUCG